AUGGCCAACAACUUGCCUGACGAGAGGCUCGUUUACCUAGCUCUCAAAGACAUCUUUCAAGGUAAAAAUGCGAGAAUACGUAAGGCUAUCGUGAUCAGAAAACUCAUCAAGGACCAUUGUCACCAGAAAGAAGUGGAAACCCUCAUCCAGGAACAUACCAUUGACGAUGUGCGGAACAUUGCCAGACUCCUUUUAAUGGAAGGUAUAUUUGAAUCCACCCUGAAAGCGAAAGGCCGAUUUCCUAAUCUCUUUGAGGUGUCGCCUGCUCAGUUUAUCGAGAUUCAACACAUGAUGAGGGAGCAACAGGAUAACUCCGGGGAGCGCCGCAGCAAGCCUACAGAAGAUGGUUUAUGGUCCCGAAAUCCAUAUGGUGCAAUAACAGCUACUGGUUCUUUGGAAAAAUCGCAUCUCUUGGUCGUACAAUCCCCACAGACAGCGUCCACUGUGUCCAGGCGAUACCCGGUUUACCUGCCCUUCAAUGUACAACAUCGCCUUCUGGUCAACGUCCAAACUUUACUCGAAAAAGCCUGCUUCUCCUUUGCGCAGGAAAGGCUUCAUGGAGUGUUGCAAGAAGAAGGCUGGGAAUGUUCCGAAGCAGUCGAAUUAAAUCGAUGGUGCAAGAUCUUCCUCGAUUACGAAAUCGAGUUCUCCAGGGACGAGAUGGCAUCAAUUCCAAAACCUUUGCCCAUACUUCUGAAAUCAAUAGCGCAGCUUCGACACACUGCCGUUCACCGACUCCACAUAGUCGCGAAGAAAGUGCUUCAAUUCAUUAUUGAUGGAGAGCUUCUUGCCAAUCUGGUUCAAAGCCACGAAAACGCCCACGUCAUUUCGGAAAUACGCCAACAAACAACGAACACAAUUAAAGAGCUGAAAAGAAACAAAGAUAUGCUGCAAUUAAAACAAGUCGAAGUUGGGGAACGAUUUGCGGGUCCGAAUUGGCAGCAGGCGUUAGCCGUUCCUCCCCCUACCGUUAUGUACACGCCACUCGCAACAGUAGCUGCACCGUCUCCCGAUACAGAGACCGAGGCCCAUCUAUUAAAAGAAGUUCGAUUAUCCCCAGGAACAGACUGUGACAAAUUCAUUACAGAUGGGACUAUGAAUAAUUGUAAUUGCGUUGUGUCUAUACAUUUGUACAGUGCUAGUAAAUAUACUUACCUAGGUAAUUAG